UAUGACGUCACAGCCAAGACCCAGCCCAAGACUUUGACACCAAGGCCUGUGAUCCAUCUUUUGUUUAUCUUUAUUUUAGGCCUAAUUACCACGCCCACCUGAGGAUUAAGAGGCCGUGCAGGUGUUUAAAGAGUCAAUUAGUCACCUGAGAUCACCUGGGCGCCGAGAUGAACCUGGGAAAAGUGCCAAACGAGAGAAAGCUGACGCUGUGUAGAAAGUAUUACAUGGCCGGGUUCGCCUUCCUGCCGUUCAUGUGGGCCGUCAACGCCAUCUGGUUCCUGCACGAGGCCUUCUGGGCGCCGCCGUACACUGAGCAGAAGCAGAUACGCAAAUACGUGGUCAUCUCCGGCAUCGGGGCGCUGGUGUGGCUGGUGGGAAUGAUCUCCUGGGUCGUGGUUUUUCAACAGAACCGAGCAGCUUGGGGCGCCACCGCUGACUACCUCUCCUUCAUCAUUCCAAAGGGGGUGCCCUAGACUGGGGGGGUGUCAUGUAGGGGUGUGUGUGUGGGGGGGGGGGUGAGGGGAUGAGAGAGAGGGAUGUUGUGUGUGAGAGUGUAUGUGUGGAGUGAGGAGAGAGUGAAGGAGAGAUAGAAACAUUCCUUACAUAAUCAGAGAGAGAGAGAGAGAGAGAGAGAGAGAGAGAGAGAGAGAGAGAGAGAAUUUUACCAUGUGCUUUGUAAUUCCUGACCAUAAGAAUAAAGUGUAAGAGAAGA